AUGGUGUCCUAUUGGAGGCAAGCUGGCCUUGACUAUAUCCACUAUUCCCAGCCCAGUUCUGUGCAAAGGCACUGUAGCACAGUAGCACUGAAACCUCAGUUUAAAACAGAGGUGGAGAAAACAACAGGAGCCAGUGUAAAAAUUACAAAGCCCAAAAAGGAAUGA